AUGUCGUUCUUCGGCAGAGCUGCCCGCGACCUCUUCAAUGGCUCCCCUGCUUCUACUUCUUCCAAGCUGCUGCUCCUCUUAACCGUCAGUAGUGGGGGCUUGGUGGCUUAUUCAGACUCACGAUCACAGCCUGAUGAAGUACCUGCUUCCAUUGUCAAUAAAAAUGAUGGCCAGAAGAAGAAAGUGGUGGUUCUUGGGACAGGAUGGGCUGGUACAAGCUUUCUCAAAGACCUGGAUGCUUCUAUGUACGACGUCCAGGUGGUUUCGCCUCGGAAUUAUUUUGCUUUCACCCCUCUGUUGCCUAGUGUCACAUGUGGAACUGUUGAAGCACGAAGCAUUGUGGAGCCUGUUCGAAACAUCAUAAAGAAGAGAGACGGAGAAAUUCAGUUCUGGGAGGCAGAUUGCCUAAAGAUAGAUGCUGCAAACAACAAAAUUUUCUGCAAAGCUAAUUUUGACAACAACACCGUGGGCAGCGAGGAGUUCUCUCUGGAAUAUGACUACUUGGUUGUUGCAGUUGGAGCACAAGUAAAUACUUUCAACACACCUGGUGUCAAGGAGAACUGUCAUUUUCUCAAGGAUUUAGAAGAUGCUCAAAGGCUUCGCAGGACUGUGAUUGACUGUUUUGAAAAGGCUGUCCUUCCUGAUCUAACUGAAGAAGAGCGAAGAACUAACCUACAUUUUGUAAUCGUUGGUGGUGGCCCAACUGGUGUAGAGUUUGCUGCUGAGCUGCAUGACUUUCUCAUUGAAGACCUCGUCAAUAUCUACCCAACAGUGAAAGAUCUUGUGAAAAUCAGUGUAGUUCAAUCGGGUGAUCAUAUCUUGAAUACGUUUGAUGAGCGCAUAAGUUCAUUUGCUGAACAAAAGUUCGGAAGGGAUGGAAUUGAAGUCCAGACAGGAUGUCGAGUUGUGAGUGUUUCUGACAAAGAAAUUACCAUGAAGAUGAAACCCACAGGAGAGCUGUGUUCUAUCCCUCAUGGUUUGGUUUUGUGGUCUACUGGCAUAAGCACUCGUCCAGUUGUAAAAGACUUCAUGGAGCAAAUUGGCCAGGGCAAAAGGCGUAUUCUUGCCACUAAUGAAUGGCUCCGUGUAAAAGAAACUGAAAACGUUUAUGCACUUGGUGAUUGUGCGACAAUUGAUCAGCGUAAAAUCAUGGACGAUAUCGUGGCCAUAUUUGAGGCUGCAGAUACAGACAACUCAGGCACCUUGACCAUGGAAGAGUUCCGGGCUGUGGUAGAUGAUAUUAUCGCAAGGUAUCCUCAGGUGGAAACCUAUCUAAACAACCAGCAUCUCGGAGAUCUGACAGAUUUGUUGAAAGAUGCAAUGAGCGAAGACAAAAAGGAAGUCGACAUCGAGGGGUUCAAGAAAGCUAUCCAUCUCGUGGAUUCACAGACCACUAGCCUUCCUGCCACAGCUCAGGUUGCUGGUCAACAAGGCAAAUAUCUCGCGAAGUGCUUCAACAGGAAAAACCAGUGCAAGGAACAUCCUGAAGGCCCUCGACGCUUUGCUGGACCUGGAGGCAACCGACAUUUCUUUACUCCCUUCCGGUACAAGCACUUUGGGCAGUUUGCUCCUUUGGGAGGGGAGCAGGCUGCUGCUGAACUUCCAGGAGACUGGGUUUCCAUGGGUCACAGCACCCAGUGGCUUUGGUAUUCUGUCUAUGCCAGCAAGCAAGUUAGCUGGCGCACGAGAAUGUUGGUGGUAUCAGAUUGGACUAGAAGAUUCAUUUUCGGGAGAGACUCGAGCCGCAUCUGA